AUGAACCCACAGCUGGCCUCUGUGGCGAGGCCCAGCGCGUUGGAGACCUACAUCCAGGAUAACAUGAAGAGCGAGCUGGCCCAGCUACAGCAGAACGCUGUGCAGAACCACACAGCCACCAUGCUGGAGAUCAGCAACAGUCUGUUGAGCCAGACUGCCGAGCACACACGCAGACUGACAGAUGUUGAGACGCAGGUUUUGAAUCAAACCUCGCGACUGGAAAUCCAACUGUUGGAAAAUUCUUUAUUCACAAACAAGCUGGAGAAGGAGCUGCUGCUCCAGACCAACAACAUCUACUGGCUGCGCGAAAAGAACAGCUUCCUGGAGCAGAAACUCCUGGCAAUGGAAAGCCAGCACAAGGAAGAGAUGCAGAGCCUGAGGCAGGAGAGGGGGAGCCUCCAGGACCUGCUGCUUCGGCAGAGUCGCCUGAUCGGUGAGCUGGAGACGCAGCUGGGCUGGGUCACCAUCAACAACACCAGCCUGCAGAAGCAGCAGAGGCAGCUCGCCGAGACCGUGAACAACCUCCUCCAACUCGUCUCACGGGGGUCAGGGAAACCGGAGGAGAAGUUAUUCCGGGACUGUGCUGAGGCCUAUGAGGCUGGCCACAACACGAGUGGGGUCUACAGCAUCCGCCUCGCUGAGAUGUCGGAGCCCAGGAAGGUGUACUGCAACAUGGAGACUGCUGGAGGUGGCUGGACAGUCAUCCAACACCGAAGGGACGGCAGUGUAGACUUUCACAGGACCUGGAAGGAAUAUAAAAUGGGCUUUGGGAAUCCAUCCAGCGAACACUGGCUUGGCAAUGAGAUGCUCUUCCUUCAGACAAACCAGCGGCAAUACUCCCUGAGGAUUGACAUGCGAGACUGGGAAGGAAAUCAGGCUUAUUCCCUCUACGAGAAAAUUCAAGUGGCAAGUGAAAAGCAGAACUACAGGUAG